AUGAUUAUGAAUUUCCCACGAAUUACCAAAGAUAAAAAAAACACAGGUUCACGAAGGCCACUUGUUUCUUCCAAAGAGCAAAAAUGGCAACCUGCUUCUUCUCUUUUCCAAAUUCCUUCCCUUCUAAACCCAAAUCCCACAAAAGACCCAUCCAUUCUUCUUCCCUCACAUCUCAAUCCCAAAAAACCCAUCUUCUCAACCUGAUUUCAGACCAAGAACGUGGUCUCAGGACUCAAUCUGACCCCCAAAAGCUUUCACAAAUAAUCCAGGCUAUUGAUGAUUUGGGUUCCAUUGGACAUGACACUGUAACUACUGGAAGUUCCCUUUCGGCCACUUGGCGUUUGCUUUGGACUACCGAGAAAGAGCAGCUUUAUAUUAUUAAGAAUGCCCCCUUUUUUGGUACUAAAGCUGGUGAUGCUCUUCAGGUUAUUGAUGUUGAGAAUAAAACUCUUAACAAUGUGAUUACUUUCCCACCUGAUGGGGUUUUCUUUGUUCGGUCUACUAUUGAAGUUGCAUCUUCUCAGCGUGUGAAUUUCAGAUUCACAAGUGCAGUUCUGCGUGGAAAAAAUUGGGAAUUUCCUCUACCUCCAUUUGGACAAGGGUGGUUUGAGACUGUGUACCUUGAUGAUGAUAUUCGAGUAGUCAAAGAUAUCAGGCAAGACUACCUGAUUGUUGAACGUGCUCCUUAUACUUGGAAAGAAUGAUUGUCGGAUUUGUCUUCCGCUAUCUCUGUACAUAAAUUUUACUAUUCCGCCUCCCCAGUGGGGAUCAACUCUGUAUCAUCAGUGUUCAGUGAAAAUACCUGUAUGAGGGAUUCUCUGCUGGUGCAUCAUCAGCUUUCUCAACUGCCUGUGAUAGUUGAUCUGUCUUGAAGUCAACUACCAGAUGCACACCUUUUUGUUCAAUGAUUUCUGUUGGCAGAUUAGUUGAACUAGAACUGAAGUCUUGCUGAGAAGUCUCUUCUAUAGUAUCUUCCUGUUCCUGUCCAAUCUGCUGCUUACAACCAUUCUCCUCAAUGUUACUGGAUUCCUGUACCUUCUCCUUUGAAGUAGAAACAUUAGUUGUUUCUUUAGUUUCUACUGUAACCUCCUUACUUUAUUCAUUUGCAAUUGUCCCCACUUGAUCAUUUUGAAGUGAAAGGUUCUGGUUCUUCUGUGUAUGCUGACUUUCACCUGAUUUGGAUUGCUCCACUUGGAUUUGCUUGGUAGUGUAAGUAGACAAUCCCCUACAUCUUUCUUAUGAUUGAACGCGCUUAAAAAAAUAACUCAACUCCUCUAUUUUUGGCAUCUUUUUGAGUUUCUUCUUCUUUUUGUACUUUUUACUCACUCUUUCAGUCACUGUGGGCAUGUCUAUGGGUUUGAUAUCAUUAUUGUUGUGAGAUCGAUCCCCUUGUAAAUUUUGUUGCUUCUUUUUCAGAUUACUCUCACCUUUUCCAUCAGUAUUAUCAUUGUCAGACUGCACCGCAUUUACAGGUACAACCAUGCUUGGUAUCAACUCAUUUUCUUUAGUCUCUGUGGCUUUCUCUUCUUUUUUUUCCCAAACCCUACAAAUCAUCAUGGAGUCUCCUCGUAUUCAAGUUUUCUGGACAUAAACCUUUGGAGGUUGCAUUCUCUCAUCCUCCAAUCCUACCCAUACUGCAUACAGUUUUAGUUUGGGUUUAAGCAAAUCUACUUCUACCCUCACUUUGGCCAUACUAGCUGUCCUGCUUCUAUUCGCAGCAUCGGGAGCAAGAGGGUUGGGAUAUACUACUAACUAUGUGGUUAAGUUAUAGUAUUAUAUUUUAAUCCCGUGUGAAGAUUGUUUAUUUUAUUUAACUUUAUAUAAUAAGUCUUUAUUUGAAUAGAUCAUUUGGUUUAUAUGUA